GCCAUUAUAACCCGAAUAUUUGCCGCCAGCUCUGUCGCGCGUCCCCUGCACCCGUGGACCAAUACUUGGAUAUUUAAGAUCAUAUACAAACAGCCCUUGCAUUACGGUGUUUCUUAAUGUCGCCGACAGAACACCUGAUUCAAAAAGUUACGAUAUGAUGCGAAAGUUGCAGCGCUCGCACGACUGCUAAUGGUCUUUAGCUACAUUUCGCACGCGAACAAGUCGGUUUAAGCGAACUCUAAAGUAAACAACUCGCUUUGCGUCUUUUUCGACAGUCUUUCAACGAUAUUGCUGAGAUGACAUCUUGAGAAUGACAUUGGCUGGUAUACGAAGCGCUUGACCGUUUCUAUUUCGCCCGCAGUCAGCGGAAGCGGCGGUAUUUACAUGCCCGUUGACACUUUUGUCAUUUACAGAAACGUCCGCGCGAUUCGCGAUAGGUUUGUGUCGUUAAAGUGACGUGUUUUGUUUGCUAUUUGUACGAGUCAAGGGUGACUUGUGCUAGAGUUUGUGUCUGAGGGGCGUUUACCGUGUUUGAAGCUAGCAGCAGCUCUUUGGCAGACCACGGGGUGUCGGGAGUUUGACAAGCGGCUUAUGUAAUGCUGGCGAUUCCCCGCACGCGCGUCAGCGGACACCGAACACGAAUAACGAUUAUACAUAGCGAGGUAUAAAGUUUAUUUCGCUCAAUAUCGUGCGCGCGUCGACGCCAAUGCACGUUUAUUUUUGCGCGAGUUGUUUGUUAAAUGCGCGCUGCCGUGAAACAGUGUUGAAGCUGCAACGCAACGCGUCUUGGCAACAUAUUUUAACAUUUAUUCACCAUGAGGGAAGUUAAGCAAGCAAGUGUCGCGUAUGUGAUCUGAACGUCUGAAACGCUUUGGAUUUGUAUAGAAAUGCACUUUUCGUCAUAAAUCUUAUAAAGGAUCAAGUUAUGGAUCGUGGACUGAAACACAGCCAUAAAGAAGCUGAGAAUUUAACUUUCGGGGACUGCAUCGAGAGAGGCCUCGUGCCGGACAUCGACGUCAAUAUUUCCUCUUUAAACACGUCAGACGAUUUCUCGAACGGACUGAAUGCUGGUGACAAUCACAUGAAUCUUUCCAUGGCGGAGCCGUCCUCGAUAGGACAUAACAUAACACUGGAACCAGACGUUAGGAUAUUCAAACCUUUCAGAAUGCAUCACCACCAGCACAAAGUAAAUGAUCCUCUUAGUCUAAGCAUCGGCGAGAACUUUUCUAUGUUGGACGAGAGCAUCGCAGACUUAAAUCGCACUUCUGGCGUCCAGGCCCCGGACACUUUCCCAAUGAAAACGGAGACGUUUUCUCCGGUCGAGAAAGAUCGACAGGACUUUCCUUUCUAUGGCCAGCAGGACAGAGACGUUAGCGAGAGACCUACUGGAGACAACACGCUGGACAUCCUAAAGGAUCUGGACUUUCACGGCUCCCUGUCGGAUCUGAAUGAGUUUUACGUUGCCGACGAGACUGCCUUCCUCUCCUCCCUGGCAGUGGAUGAUGCCCUGCUGGGAGAGAGCACCUUGCUGAAGGAUACCAGCCCUGUUGUCACUGGCAACAGCGCAGCCUGUACAAAUGUGAACGGCACGGGGAAACGGCAGCAGAUGGUGGAAGCCAGUGUCAACAUGCCGGUUGUAAAGAUGGAGAAAGAGACAGAUUAUAUCCAGCUGUGUACACCGGGUGUCAUCAAACAGGAGAAUGAAAGGCGGAGCUACUGUCAGAUGUCAGGAAUGGGUGGGCAUCACAGUGUGCCCACCACGGUGGGAGAUAUGGGCGGACAGGGAUUCCACUACGGAGCCGGGAAUGCCGUGACUUUACCAGAUCAGAAACCGGUGUUCGGCCUGUUUCCUCCUCUGCAUACCAUAAAUGACAACUGGGUUCGAGGAAAUGGAUAUGGAGAUGGGAUGCAGCGAGCCAACGAGAACGUACUUUCGUCAACCUAUCCCUACAGCAGCUCUUUGGGAAGACCUGAGGUCAGCAGCUCCAGUGCGUCUGGAUCAGUCAAACCCACCACGAACAGUCAUAAGAUCUGCCUGGUGUGCUCGGAUGAAGCUUCAGGAUGCCAUUAUGGGGUUCUCACCUGUGGCAGCUGCAAGGUUUUCUUCAAAAGAGCUGUAGAGGGAUGGAGAGCGCGACAAAACACAGAUGGACAGCACAACUAUCUCUGUGCGGGGAGAAACGACUGCAUCAUCGACAAGAUCAGGAGGAAAAACUGCCCGGCCUGUCGCUUCCGCAAGUGUCUGCAAGCUGGAAUGAAUCUGGAAGCUCGCAAAAACAAAAAGCUGAUGCGAAUGAGAGGUCAGUCAACAUCGAGCGAGCAGAUGUCUCCUCUGCCCAAUGAUCGUGUGUGCUCUCUGGUGCCGAAAGCCAUGCCCCAGCUGGUGCCAACCAUGCUAUCCCUGCUCAAAGCCAUUGAGCCCGAGAUCAUUUACGCCGGCUACGACAGCACCACCCCGGACACGUCUACCCGACUCAUGACCACACUUAACCGCCUCGGUGGCCGGCAAGUCGUCUCGGCUGUCAAGUGGGCCAAAGCCCUUCCAGGUUUCAGAAAUCUACACCUGGAUGACCAGAUGACACUGUUACAGUGCUCCUGGCUCUUCCUCAUGUCCUUCGGUUUGGGAUGGAGAUCAUACCAGCAGUGUAAUGGAAGCAUGCUGUGUUUCGCCCCAGACCUCGUCAUUAAUGAGGAGAGGAUGAAAUUGCCGUACAUGAAUGACCAGUGUAGCCAAAUGCUGAAGAUCACGAAUGAGCUGGUCAGACUUCAGGUGUCCUACGAUGAGUAUCUGUGUAUGAAGGUCUUACUGCUUCUCAGCACAGUACCAAAAGACGGGCUGAAAAGCCAGGCUGUGUUCGAUGAAAUCCGCAUGUCGUACAUCAAGGAGCUUGGCAAAGCCAUCGUGAAAAGAGAAGAGAACUCCAGCCAGAACUGGCAAAGGUUUUACCAGCUGACAAAGCUCUUGGACACCAUGCAGGAGAUGGUGGAAGGCCUCCUCAACUUCUGCUUCUACACGUUUGUGAAUAAAUCCCUGAGCGUGGAGUUUCCUGAAAUGCUGGCGGAGAUCAUCAGCAACCAGCUACCAAAAUUUAAAGAUGGGAGCGUCAAGCCACUUCUGUUUCAUCAGAAAUGACCGCCUUAGAUCCUAACGAUGCCUUAACGAUGACAGCCCUCCCUUAGCAGCGUUAGUCCGUCACCCCGCUUCGCCCACAACCGUCCCGAAUGAAGCGACGGACACGGUCGCUCCUGCUCGAGGUGAAGCUUGCUUUUCAGAUGGAGAGGAUCAACGAGGAUAUCGAGGACUGAGUUACAUUCAACACUUUAUCUCAUGUUAAAACUCUUUAAUGUCUAGUCAAAGCAGGGGGAUUACGUCAAAGACCUCUUUUUAUUCAUAUUAUCUGCUUUUUUUGCAUGUACACUGCUGAAAUGUUUACAUGAUGGUGGGUAUAUCAAAAAAGGGAAUUGUGCCUUUUUUGCGCUUUGCGAAUCGACUUUCGGCCAUUUCUCAGGCUAAACGCAACGACUUGGCGUACGACGUGCAUUUGUGUCGAUACAUCACACUUGUCGCACCUUGUGUCUGAAGCGGCUGCGAUGGUUUCUUCACUCGAGAGGCAUUCGUGGAAACCUUGUGAAUCACAAGGCCCUUUGAAUUUGAUGUCCAAUUGAAAGUCAAAAUCAAGCACCAUUGCAACGCCACCAAUUUGUUUCACAACAGACAUUGAGCGCUAAGUUCCUCUUUUUUUGUUUUGAAACAAGCUCCACUGAAAUUGGAAAAUGUGUAGGAUUGAAUUAUUCAUGAGAUUUUAUUCGUUUUUAUUUUUCUGAUUAGUAGCUCAGGUUCAUAUGAAAUGAAUGACCAUUCAUCGCCCGUUGCACUUGGAUGUAAUUUGUAGACAUGAUGGUCGCUAGGUUGAAUUCAGGGUUAAUUUGUCAGAUUUUUCAUCCAUCCCUUGUGAUCAGAUGUGGUUUAAAAUAGCCCAGCAUUCAUAAUAACCAGCAUUUAGCGCCACCCCAACCCUAGUUUGUGCGAGUUUGUGUUAGUGCAUGUUCAUUCAUCCAUCGAAUGAUUCACGCUGUGUGCAUCACGUCCAUUUUUCUUUUUAGUUUUCCAUCUCUUCAUCAUCAAUCUCAAAAUCUGUGAGUUUUUAGACUUUUGCCUUUCAUGUGUCCCUGUGCCAAGCCUCAAAUGCUCUUUUGUGGAACAUUUGUCUAUCCUGUGCUCAAUCGUGUUUGCUCAUUGUUACUGGUUCACCAUGCGCUCCAUGGUUUUACACUUAAGCCCAUAGUCUGUUUUUUACGCGUACGCGCACUAUUAACGUAUAGUUUAUUUGACUCGUAUGUGUACACAGAUGUUCAACGCAUGCACAUUGCGACAAAAUGCAAAGCAUUUCCUGGCCUACAAACUAAAUUCUCCUGUAGGCGCAUGUGCAACGUACGCAUGCAAAAAAAUCUGGUGCCCGUACAGUGCGCUGAUACUAUUCUGAUGAUGAAAUUUGCGUCACACACACUUUACGCAGACCCUUGCGUACAUGUAAAAACCAGACUAUACCUGUAGCUCUACUCGGAGAACCACACCAGCUACGUUUUUUUUCUGGCUUAAAGCGAUAGAUCACCCAAAAUCUGUCAAUUUGUUCUGAUGUUUCCAAUCCGCCUGCUGUUGCUCCUCAACCCUUUUUUAAAGCAACUUCACGAUGCAUCAACGCAACUGCAUGAACAUGAAUUACAAAAAGCAACAGCAUGCGGGUUUUAGCAGGACAUUUUCCAGUUUGGGUGAACUAUAGCCUUGUGCUUUUUGGUUGGUUUUCUUUCUGCAGUAUCCUGCAUAUUUCUGUGUAAAGACCUUCUACCAAAC